UUCACCGGAUUUGCCCCCAUGGUGAUGACAAUGGUGUCCCGGCUCUUAACGCUGCCGAUUGUGCUUUCCCAGAUCCGCAUCCUGGUGGUUGCGCAGGACAUAACCCACAUUGGCGGCAACUGUUCUAGUCACGCGCCCGGAUGUGAUGACAAACUGGCUAUGCUGCAAUUGAAGACUGCUGCGGAUGCUUGUGACGAUGCUGAACUUGCAGACUUGAAAGCUGGGACUUGCACUUCGAGCCAGGCUUGCACAUGCACUGCUGGUUCCCUCGCCCAGACGAUUGGAUCUUUCAACAAGAACCUUCUCGAGUGCUCUGGGUAUGAUUCGUGCCGCAGUGCCGCACAACACCACAAUGCCAACUUCUUCAAGUUCAAGGAUCCUUCCAGCUACCUCGUGUGUAAAGGCUACCACUCUUGCAGAGAGUUCUGGAAUGUGGAAAAUGUCGGCGCCGCAUGCUGCACCGCCAGUGAUUCCUGCUAUAAUGGCGCCAAGAUCCACUUGACCCAGGAUGCAUCAAGUCGUUGUAUAAACGACAUUUGCUGCUCUGCUUACCGGGCGUGCUCACAGUCCGAGUUCAAACAUGUCCAUAGUUUGUCCUGCUCUGGCAACCUUGCAUGUCAGAGCCUCACAGUGGAUGUGGAAAGAGAUAUUUAUUGCCAUGGUUUGCGAGCUUGCGAAUACAUGUCCAGCUCAAUCACUUCAGGUGGAGCGCAUUGCGUGACUUGCAGCGGUACGAGCGAAACGAUCUGUGAACAUGCCAAGUUCCACUUUACACAGGCUUCUAACAUUUUGAUGACUUGCGAUGGCCCAUCAGCAUGCUGGUCCACAGAAGUGAAGAUUGCUACAGGUAGUUGCUUGCAGCUCGAGUGUGGAUCCGGUGCCUGCCAGAGGAUGAGCAUCAUUUUGGCAGGCGAUGCCAAAUGUUCUUGCGGCGGGCCGGAUUGCCCACAAGGUUGCGCUCCAGAUGCAUGUAAGGUGACGGACAAGUGUGAAGAUAUUUGCUGUGCAGCUGACCCGUCCAACCCUGAUUGUUCCAACUGCUGCCGCCCACCACCUUCUGGCCAUUCAGAUGGAGAUCCACACAUCCAAACACUUCAUGGAGAUGCGUACACUCUUUUGAGGCAAGGUACUUUCUUGGCAUGGAGUUUCUCCAAGAACACCACCUUUCCUUCAAGCAUGGGCCUAGUAAAGGCUCCUAUGGAGUGGCAGCUCUUUGCGCGCUACUCUGGCAGUCAAUUCUACACACGCGGACUGCUGCUGGUGGACAGGUCUCACACUUUUCAAGCCAUGGAAUUCACGUCAGAGGAGUGCACCUGGCGUUUCCGAGCAGGUGACAGCGAGGAUUGGAGCAGUGUUGAGUCGGGCCUCCUUUUCCCGAGUGGAAAAGACCAGAUAACGCAAUUCAACGUGAGUAGUGCGCGUGAAGCAGUGGAGGGUGAGGCAAUGGUUCAAUCCAGAAUCAACUUGGAGAUGAACACCGAGCGCGGCAUCCGGCAAGCCGCACAGCUUUACACUCAAUGCAGGCCAGGCGAGUUUUUGAAUUUCAAGCUCACCAUGUACCAGAGGAAUGACAUCGGCUUCGCGGGAGGAGAGCUGGGACAAACCCCAGAAACUAUGGCAUCAAGUGAAGCUCAGACGCAGUUUUUGUCUUCCAAGUUCAAGAUGAUGAAAAUGAGGACAGAUACGGAGUUUGAGGUUCAAAAGAAUUGGAUGGUUCUUGGGGGCAGCACAGUGGCGGAUGCAUAUUUCAAGAGGGACGAGAACCAUCAAGGCGAAGCUCAUUUGGCCACGGCCACUUGUACUGACUCACAGGAACAGGAGGCGGUGAGGAUUUGCACGAAGCACUUGCAGAAAGAGGACACGUUGGACUCAGAGGUCUUUGAGAAUUGCGUCUUUGAUGUUUGCCAUGGGGGUGGAGAAGUUGUCGCUGAGCUUCUAGCCGGACUUAGCACCGCCUAGGGCCUUAGGGCCUUAGGGUGUGAAAUUUUCAAUGCGGGCGCUGAACUUGCGCCUCCUUGCUAAAAGCAACAUGGUCUGAAACUUUUCAACUUGAUGUCCCUUGACGAGCCUUCUACUCCGUCCGCAUGUUGAUUGAUGAAACCCUUGUGCAAUUUCGUUCUUCGUGCCAGCUGUAAGCCCCACAUUUGACUUGUAAGUUUCUGUGGAAUCGGAGCAGGAGAACGGAGAACUAGCUGAAAAUUGCAGCUGCCC